AUGCUGCUCAAAUCGACUGCCUUGCUGGCGUGUGUCAGCUGUGCUCUAGCUCAUAGUGACCGUGAUCACGAGCAGGCUCCUAUUGCUGGACCACACAAGUCUCUGUGGUACAAUACCUUGCCAGGUGAUGGCGGUACACAGCAGGCCGAUUCAGUCUUCUCCGGCAUCUCGACCUUUGGCCGCCUUCCCUACUUCCCCUGCCUUUCUAGCGACGAUGAAAAGUAUGAUAUUGCAUUUUUAGGUGCACCAUUCGACACAGGCACAUCAUACCGGCCAGGAGCUCGGUUUGGACCUAGCGGGAUCAGACAAGGUUCUCGACGCCUCAAUCUCUAUGGUGGGUAUAAUGUGCCCAUGAAGUCAAAUCCAUUCAAUUUCUGGGGGAAUGUGCUCGAUUGUGGCGAUAUUCCAGUGACCUCGUACGACAACGCCUACGCACUCCAACAAAUCGAAGACGGACACAACACGCUCCUAAUGCGCACGCCUUACACGGCCGCCAACGAACCAGGCAUCAGCAAGUCCGGCAAAACGCUCCCUCGUAUCAUCACCCUUGGAGGCGACCAUACCAUCACUCUCCCACUGCUGCGCAGCAUCAACAAGGCCUACGGCCCCAUCAGCGUGAUCCACUUCGAUUCGCAUCUAGACACAUGGAAGCCGAAAGUCUUCGGCGGCGCCCCUUCGAAGCAAGCAGCCAUCAAUCAUGGCACAUAUUUUUACUGGGCAAGCGAAGAAGGCCUGUUAGCCAACGACAGCAGCAUUCACGCCGGGAUCCGCACGACACUGUCUGGCCCCUCUGACUACGACAACGACGGCUACUGCGGCUUCACGCGUGUUGAGGCGCGCGAAAUCGACACCAUCGGCAUCUGGGGCAUCGUCAACCGCAUCAAAGACCGUGUCGGCACCAAGAACCCCGUCUACCUCUCCAUCGACAUCGAUACUUUGGACCCGGCCUUUGCGCCGGCGACAGGCACCCCCGAGACAGGAGGCUGGAGCACACGCGAGCUGCGAACCAUCCUGCGCGGUCUCGAGGGGAUUAACUUCGUCGCAGCGGAUAUCGUCGAAGUCGCGCCUGCGUAUGAUACGAACGCUGAGCUGACGACAAUGGCUGCAGCGGAUGUGCUGUAUGAGGUCAUGACGCUCAUGGUCAAGAAGGGCCCGUUGACCGUGAAUGCUACACAGGCCGAGUAUGUGCCUACGAUGGUCGAGGGGGAGGAAUAA